ACAGGGCAAAAUGAAGAGGGAGAUGGGGGAGCAGGGCAAGGCUCUGAGGGAGCUGGGAAAUCAGGGCAGGACGCUGAAGGAGCCGGGGAAAAAGGGCAGGACACAGAAGGAGCCGGGGAAAAAGGGCUAAAUGAAGAGGGAUCUGGGGGAGCAGGGCAGGACGCUGAGGGAGCCGGGAAGAAAGGGCAAAAUGAAGAGGGACUUGUUAGAGCAGGGCAAGGCGCUGAGGGAGCUGGGGAGACAGGGCAGGAUGCAGAAGGAGCCGGGAAAAAGGGCAGGACCCUGAGGGAGUUGGGAAAAAAGGGCAAAAUGAAGGGGGAGCAGGGCAAGUCUCUGAGGGAGCUGGGAAAACAGGGCAGGACGCUGAGGGAGUUGGGAAAAAAGGGCAAAAUGAAGAGGGAUCUGGGGGAGCAGGGCAAGGCUCUGAGGGAGCUGGGAAGACAGGGCAAGGAGCUGAGGGAGCCGGGAAAAAAGGGCUCGGCCCUGCUAAUGCUGCUGCUCCCCGCGACCCUGUUCCACCUGGUGCUGACGUGCCGGUCGGGGCCCUGCAGCCUGCUGAGCCUGCCAACCCCGCUGCCCGGCCCGGACGCCUUCUGGAGCCCCCGGGCCCUGCUGCUGCUGCUGGGCUGGCUGGGCCUGCAGGCCGCCCUCUACCUGAUGCCCGUCGGCUCGGUGGGUAGGGCUGGGGGGCAUCGGGCCAGGCCAGGCCGAGGGCAGCGGGCCUCAUCGCCCCGCCGGGCCUCUCCCCCGCAGGUGGCCGAGGGCCUGCCGCUCAGAGACGAGACCCGCCUGCGCUACCCCAUCAAUGGAUUCCGGGCCUUGGCACUGACCUCGCUCCUGGUGGGGUUGGGGCUGGCGGCGGGGCUGCCCCUGGGGGCUCUGGCUGACCUGCUCCUGCCCCUGGCCUCGGCGGCCGCCCUCACAGCCUUGGGCCUCAGUCUCUUCCUCUACCUCAAGGCCCUGCGGGCCCCUCCCUCGGCCCUGGCUCCUGGGGGAAACACAGGUCACCCGCUGUACGACUUCUUCCUGGGCCGCGAGCUGAACCCCCGCAUCGGCGCCUUCGACCUCAAGUACUUCUGCGAGCUGCGGCCCGGGCUCAUGGGCUGGGCCCUGCUGAACCUGGCCCUGCUGCUGCGGGAGGCGGAGCUGCGGGGGGGGCGGCCCUCCCUGGCCAUGGGCCUGGUCAACGCCUUCCAGCUGCUCUACGUGGCCGACGCCCUCUGGCACGAGCCGUGGGCUACUACAUCUUCCGAAGGGCCAACUCGCAGAAGACCAUCUUCGGGAGGGACCCCUCGGACCCCCGGGUGGCCGGCCUCCGGACCAUCCCCACCGCGACCGGACGGCGGCUCCUGGUGUCCGGCUGGUGGGGCCUGGUCCGGCACCCCAACUACCUCGGAGACCUCAUCAUGGCCUUGGCCUGGUCCCUGCCCUGCGGAGUCACCCACCUCCUCCCCUACUUCUACGUCCUCUACUUCACCGCCCUGCUGGUGCACCGCGAGGCCCGCGACGAGCACCGCUGCCUGUGCAAGUACGGCCUGGCCUGGCGCGAGUACUGCCGGCGCGUGCCCUAUCGCAUCCUGCCCUACGUCUACUGAGCCCCCCGCCCCACCACGUCUGCUUCGGGCCCCCGGCGCCGACGGACUCUGGCCGGCCGCCUGCGGCGAGGGGGCGAGGACGCCAAGGUGGCGGUGCCCCCCGCCCCGAUCCGGCUCGCUGCCGUUUAAGCCUCCAUAAAGACCGUGUGCUCCUCCGUGCCCCGCCAUCUCCCCGGCUACCGGCGGUCCGAGUGGGGCGGGAAUCGGGGCGGAGGUGGG